AUGGAUACUGCAUACUAUAUAUCUGAAAUUGAGAGACAAUUGGCUGAUGAGGAUGUGUAUCAACUUCUAUCUGGUGAUCCCCUUUUGGGAAUCAUUAGAAAGAUUAGAACACUAUUAGAUGAUAUGGUAGAUAGUGGGGUCAUUACGGAUAAACUUAGGAAAUUCUUGGUGGUGUCGAGAUUUCUUCAACACGGAAAAUGUGUGAAAUUCCUUCUACUGUUACUCACAAAGCUGAUGAUACAGAGUGCUACUUUCUGUGCCCUAUUUAUGGAGAUGCAGAAGGUGAAAAUACCCUCCCUUUCACCUAUAAGUGGCUGCAAAUGUGUUGUGUUUGUCUUGGGGCAGACCAUACAGAUUCAACACCCACAGACCAACCAGCAUCUCUCCUUCCAGUAUGACUGCUGUUUUUGGUCCGUUCAACCUGAUGACUCCUCUUACUCCUCACAAGAAGCAGUGUACAAUCACCUUGCUCAGCCCCUUUUGCAAGGAGUCUUCCAGGGAAUGAUGGGGUUUAAUGAAGCGGCUGGAAUAAUUUCAAGAUUUUGUGAAGAGCUAUUUAAAAAUGUAAACAGCACUAGUCAAGAAGAGGUAUGUGAUUGCCUCCUGCGCAGAUGUGCAGAACUCAAUGCAGAGAUUGAUAAGCUUACAGCAGCACAGCAGUGUGUACAGGAGGUGGAUCAGGAAAUGUCUUGGGAAGAGAAACUUGAACUAGCCAAACAACAAAAAAUAGAAGAUGCUAAGGAACUGCAGUACAAUCAUAAAAAAUCGGACAAGCAGCUGGUAAUUUCUGGAUCAGAGUUACUAGUCAAGGAGGAAGAUUUCCCGGGGCUCAUCCUUCAGCUUCUAAUACACCUUCAUGAAGUCUGGGCCUCCAGCAAUGAUGUCUUAAUGGCAUAUGAGCAACAGGCAUAUCUUGGAGAUUUGGUUGUUCAACCUCACUUAAUAAAAGUGUCCACUGCUUUCAGCCACAUGACAACAUCAGCCACGUUCCUUGAUGUCUGUCCAGAACACCUGGUCCCCUGUCCUCGUAGUCAUCUCCUAAAUGAAUUGAAGAAGCUUGGAAACCGUGUUGCCCUUCUCCUGCACGGAUGUGAAUGUGACAUUAUGUCAAUGAUAAAGUCAUCCAAGAUGCAGAUUAACCAAUCUGUCACUGCCAUUGCUGCAAGGCUUGGACAGCUUUCUGUCUCCAGGCAACCUCUGCCUACGGGGCAGGCAGAGGUAAAUGUGUCUCACUUAUGUUUCUAUCCUGACAUAGAAAGAUUAGGUUACAGACUAAGCUGAAGGUCCAUAUCUCAGACAAAAACAUUUACAGUAGCUCCCUUACAAAGGUUUGUAGAAUAUCAACUUAUCAGAAAAACUAUCAUUGACCAUCCCUAGGCCAGCAUUGGAUACUUAAUC